AUGACAGAAACUUUCAGGAUUCCCACGGAGGGCAUCACCACCGGUGGUGUCCUCAAUUCUGAUUUCCGCGUUCCUACAUGCAAAGUCGAGCCUAUUGCCAUAGUUGGAAUGGCAUGUCGCUUGCCUCCGGAUAUUUCAACCCUUGGCGACUUCUGGAACUUCUGUGCUCUUCGGAACAGUGCAUGGUCGGAAAAUGACAAAAGCCGUUUCAACAACUCGGCUUUUUGGCACCCGAAUCCUGAGCGGGAAGGGCGUUUCAACAACAAAGGGGGCCAUUACUUGAAGCAUGACCUCACCUGCUUCGAUGCACCGUUUUUCCAUAUCACUUCCACCGAAGCCAAGGCUAUGGACCCUCAGCAGAGGUUCCUUCUUGAAGUGACGUACGAGGCCAUGGAAAACGCGGGAGUUCCCAUGGAGCACCUGGAUGGUGGGAAUACUGCUGUUUACUCUGCAAACUCCUUCUCGGAUUAUGGCCACAGUCUGCUUCGAGAUCCGGAGACAACUCCUAAAUUCACUGCCACUGGUUGCGAUCCUUGUAUGUUGGCCAACCGAAUCUCUUACUUCUUCAACCUUAAGGGCCCAAGCAUCACGAUCGAUACUGCGUGUUCUUCCAGCAUCACUGCCCUACAUCUAGCCUGUCAGAGCUUGCGCACGGGGGAAUCUUCACACGCUAUCGUGUCUGCUUGUCACCUUAAUAUCUCCCCGGACACCACAGUCUCAUACUCAUUAUCUCAGUUGUUGUCGAAUGAAGGUAAAUCGUAUCCUUUCGACCAGCGAGCCACUGGAGGCUUUGGCCGUGGGGAAGGGGCUGCAUGUGUCAUACUCAAACCUCUCAGUGCGGCUAUUGAGGCCGGUGACAACAUCAGAGCGAUCAUUCAAAACACUGGCAUCAACCAAGAUGGCAGGACAGUAGGAGGUAUUACCGUCCCUAGUGUGGCCUCCCAGGAAAGCCUGAUCCGUUCCUUGUAUAAUGCACGAGGACUUGAUCCAUUGGAAACUAGGUAUAUUGAGGCCCAUGGUACUGGAACAGCUACUGGUGAUCCUAUCGAGGUUGAAGCUCUUAGCAGAAUAUUUGGCAAGCGCGACUUCAAAGCUGGUCCCACAUAUCUUGGAUCGGUCAAAUCGAAUUUCGGACAUCUCGAAGGAGUCAGCGGGCUCAUUUCUGUUAUCAAGACAGCCAUGAUGUUGGAAAGGGGGGUGAUUUUGCCAAAUACCAACUUCGACAGUCCAAAUGAGAAACUGCAAUUAGCAGAUCGCAACUUUCAGGUCCCUGUUGCUAUAACGCCUUGGCCCAAACCUGGAAUCAGGAGAGCCUCGGUCAACAACUUUGGCCUUGGUGGCUCGAACUCUCAUGUCAUCCUCGAGCAAGGUCCGCCGAAGCCAAUUGGUAUCGUGUCUAGGAACCGUUAUAUCUAUGUCUUGUCCGCACAAUCCGAGUAUUCCGCGCGACAGCAAAUGACGCGGCUUGCCAUGUAUUUGAGAAAGAAUCCAAUAAUGUUCAACAAGGAUUUGAUGAAAAAUCUUGCCUAUACAUUAGGUGCUCGUCGGUCUAUGUUUCCUUGGAAAGUUGCAGCAACUGCAAUAAGUUCCACUGAACUUGUUGAGAAAUUGAGAAGUGAUGCACUCGUGCCAAUCCGGUCCUCGAAGAAGCCCAUGAUAGGAUUCAUCUUUACAGGUCAAGGUGCCCAAUGGCAAGGGAUGGGGCGUGAGCUUCUCAGCCAUCAGGUUUUCGCAGCAUCAAUUAUCAAGUCGGAGACCAUCUUCUUGGAGUUGGGAGCGACAUGGACUCUACGAGGUUUACCUCACAUCAGUCAGGCUGUGUGUUGUGCAGUUCAGAUUGCUUUAGUUGACUUGCUACAUUCAUGGACACUGCAACCGUCGGCAGUCCUGGGUCAUUCCAGCGGCGAAGUUGCUGCGGCCUACGCGGCCGGAAUUCUACCUCUUGAUUCAUGUGUUGCCAUUGCGUAUCAUCGCGGGAUCAGCACCAUGAAAUUGAGAAACACAUAUCCAGACUGCCGUGGGGCCAUGAUGGCCGUCGGAUGCGGUGAAACCGAGCUACAAGAGCUGCUACAUCAAGUGAAAGCUGGAAAAGCGGUAAUCGGUUGCAAGAACAGUCCUUCAAGCUUUACUGUCUCUGGAGACCAUGACGCUAUCAUCGAGCUCCAAGAAUUACUUAAUACACGGAACCUUUUCAACCGGGUUUUAAAGGUCGACGUCGCCUACCAUUCGCCUCAUAUGGAGCUCGUUGCGGACCAGUACAAGGAUUCUCUUGGUAGUAUCACCACUGCCUCAUCAAACGUAAAAUUUUACUCUUCGACUAUUGGAGGACUACUGGAGCGGCCCAGCUUAGACGGUGAAUUUUGGUCCAACCACAUGACAGGCCCCGUUCUUUUCUCAGAUGCUCUACAUGCUCUAUGCAGUUUCUCCGAAACUGUGGAUGGACAAAGACGUGGGAUAGAGAUCUUGAUUGAAAUUGGUCCUCAUUCAGCAUUGAAAGGUCCCAUAGAGCAAACACUGAAAGGUGCUUCACUCAGUGGUAACAUCGUUUACGUUCCGUCUCUGGUACGAGGCAAAGAUGCCAUUCAAACUACCCAGGAUCUAGCAGCAGGAAUUCUCAUGAAAGGUUAUCCUCUCGAUAUUACGUGUGUCAACUUUGAGGGUGAUGCCAAUCAACUCAAUCAGAUCUCUGUGCUGGCAAAUCUUCCACCAUAUCCUUGGAUGCACUUAGAAAAUUACUGGCAUGAGUCCCGGAUUAGCAAAUCUUACAGAACAAGGAGCAAUCCUCACAAUGACUUGCUAGGCUCCCCUGCCGCUGAUUUCAAUCCACUGGAGCCUCGAUGGAGAAAUAUACUCAGGCUUAAUGAUGUCCCUUGGCUCCGUGAUCAUCGUUUGCUGUCUGAGACGGUUUUCCCGAUGGCAGGUUACGUAUCAAUGGCAAUUGAGGCCGCACUGCAACAUGCAAAUGUUGACGGUGAAGAAAGAGAAAUAUCGUCAAUCAAGUUACAACAAGUAUCGGCCAAGAAUCGUCUUAUAUUAUCCGAAAAUACCGGACAUGAGAUUCUCCUAUCUUUACGUCCCUACCGUCUGGGACCGGAAGACCAGUCAAAACAGUGGAAUGAAUUUGUCAUAUUCUCUUGCUCUGAAGAAAUGGGCUUUUUGGAACAUUGCCGAGGGCUUGUCUCCGUUCAGCUCAAGGUCAAAUAUUCAGAUCAGACAGGCACUAGUUUGACUGAAGAAAGUCAAGGAGCUCUAUGCUCGCAUGACAGGAAUGCCAUUUUCGGCCACUCCAUGGAAUACUCCAAGCUUUAUAAGGAGCUCAAAUCGAUUGGGGUGCAAUACGGCCCAAUAUUCCAGGGGCUCACAAAUAUCCAAUCCUCUGGGUAUUUUGGUCGGGCGCGAGUGACAAUUCCGAACACAGUGAAAUCCAUGCCCCUUGAACACGAAAGCACCUAUGUGAUCCAUCCCGCUCUUUUGGAUAUAUGCCUCCAGCUAAUGUUUCCUCUUUUGACCACGAGGCAAACCGGUCUGAAGAGGCUAUACAUGCCCACUUUCAUCGAGGAAAUAGAGAUCAGUUGCCCGAUGGAUCAGACGGCAGGCCAUCAACUAGACCUACAGGGAAUGUUGACAAAAGACUCUGUGGAUACGCCGGUCUUCUCUAUCUCUGCUCGCGAGUUAGAUACACAGUCCGCCAAAGAGCUGAUCUCUAUCAAGGGAUUGAGAUUAAUCGGCCUCUCGACACAAAUUUCGACCUCAAACGAAAUUAUCGAUCCAUAUUCCAAGCUGAAGUGGAUGCCAUUUCUUGAUAUGCUUACCCCAUCACAAUAUAGAUCGCUGUUUUCCUCCUCCAGAACCAUAGAGUUUGAAGAGAGAUCUCUAAUUAGGCUACUCAAUCGUGUUUCUUGCUAUUAUCUUCGGAAUGCUCUUAAACGGAUAUCUGAGAAAGGUGGAUAUUCAGGCACACGCCACGCCAAUCUGUACAAAUGGAUCCAAGAUCAAGUCGGUGGGUGCUCCCGCUCCGACAGCCCAUCACUAGGACAAGAGUCGAUAUCGAAUGAUAUUGACGAGCAAGUUCCUGAAUACGUUCAGCAAGCCGAAUCGUCUGGACCUGUUGGGCAAUUCCUUUGCAGGAUUGGAGAGAAUCUUCCCAGUAUCAUUAGGGAAGAGGUUGAGCCCUUGAGUCUAAUGUUAGUGGACAACCUACUUGAGAGAUACUACGAGGAAUUACUUCCUCUGAAGAGUCGCCUAUAUCCUGCAGCGGCAUCCUUUGCGACCUACCUAUCUCACCAGUUACCCAACCUCAGGAUUCUGGAAAUCGGUGCUGGAACUGGAGGAGCCACUCUGCCGAUCUUGGAAGCGUUGAGUCGCUCAACCAAUUCCUCACCUCCCUUCGGGUGUUAUGACUUUACCGACAUCAGUGCGGGUUUCUUUGAGAAAGCAAAGAAAAAGCUCGCAACCUGGCAAGAUGACAUCAAUUUUCGAAAGCUUGAUAUUGAAACCAAACCUUCAAGUCAGGGGUUCAUCGAAGAAAGUUACGAUUUGAUCAUCGCGGCAAAUGUCUUACAUGCUACUGUUAACAUGGAGAAAACCAUGAAAAAUGUCCGAACACUUCUUAAGCCUGGUGGAAAGUUACUUCUCCUUGAGAUCACUUCGCCAACUGUCACCGUCUUCCCGUUUGCUACGCUUCCUGGGUGGUGGCUAGGUGAAGAAGACUUCCGUCAAAGCGGGCCGACACUGUCCCCCUCCAGUUGGAAUCAGGUUCUCCGAUCCACAGGAUUUACUGGGAUUGAGGCAGAGAUUCAGGAUUACCCAGAUACUACUGAGCAUGAGUGCUGCAUGAUAGUCUCUUCUGCCUUGCGGACGGGAACCAUACGACAUCCUGAAAACUUAACAAUCAUAUCCGAUAGCUCUGAAGGGAUCUCAGAACAGCUCUGCAGCAGUCUUCGAAAUUCUUUGGGAUUUGUUCCUGAGAUCAUCUCACUGGAGUCCACCUGUUCUCAGCAGACUGAUUCGAGGACGUAUAUAUUUCUGGAGGAUGCCAGAUCACCUCUCCUUCGCACUAUCAAUGAGAAACAAUACAACGCUCUACAAAGACUCUGUCUGGCCAGAAACAUUCUCUGGGUGGUGACUGGAGGUAAUGAAAGCUCGAUCAAACCAGAGAACAGUAUGCCUCUGGGAUUGGUUAGAAGCAUUCGCAAUGAGCAGCGCGGCCUGAAACUUGUGGUGUUGGAUAUGGACCCUGAAAACCGACUUUCUGAUAUAGAAGCUGCCGCAACAAUAUCACGAGUCUUCUCACAUGUUUUUGGCUCGCAUCUGGGAUCGAUGGGACCUGAUGUCGAGCUGGAGUUUUCUGAGCGUGAUGGGGUGGUCAGGAUACCCCGAUUCGUCCCAGAUACCUUGAUGAACGAGACUAUGACAAGUAUUCGCGAGAACUUUUUACCCAAGGUUCAAGAGUUUGAAGAAAGUCGACCAAUAAAAAUGAUAUUCGAAAAGCCAGGUGUCUCGAAAAGGGUGCUUUUCCUUGAACAGGGUUACCCGACAAUGGCUCCAGCGCAUGAUGAAGUUGAUAUACAAGUGAAGGCUUGUGGAAUCAGUUUCCAUGAUGUCCUCAUGAGUCGGGGUGAAAUUCCUGGCGAGCUUGGAUACGAGUGCAGCGGUGUCAUUACUGGAGUUGGACCCGGCGUGAAACAUCUCACCAUCGGAGACCGCGUAUGUGUGUUAGCAAAAGGAACCUAUGCUUCAUCCAUCCGUUGUGCUGCAAACAGCGUAGCUAAAAUCCCGGAUGGGAUGGAUUUCACUACAGCAGCAUCCAUUCCAAUGGCUUUUGUCCUGGCCUAUUAUUCUCUCGUCACCGUUGGAAAUCUAUCUCACGGCGAAAGUGUACUGAUUCAUCGGGCUGCUGGCGGAGUUGGUCAAACAGCGAUAGCUAUCGCGAAGCUCCUUGGAGCUGAAAUAUACGCCACAGUUGGUUCUCCAAGCAAAAAGCAGUCCCUAGUAGAUCUCUAUGGGAUUCCGUCCGAGAGGAUCUUCUCCUCCAGAGAUACUUCCUUCCGGCACGAUAUCCUGAAACUGACGCACGGACGGGGAAUGGAUGUCAUACUGAACCCCCUGUCCGGGGAAAGCCUGCAGGAGACAUUGAAAUGCCUGGGAAAGAAUGGGCGAUUUGUGGACAUCGGGAGGAGAGAUGUCUUAAAUGACAACCGGCUGUCUAUGUCGCCCUUCAGCUUCAACGCAACUUUCUCCGCGGUGAAUUUAGAUGCCUUGAUUGAAGACAAACCGAAACUAUUGAACGGGAUCUUAACUCAAGGUAUCGACUGGUACUCCUGCGGCAAACUCAGUGUCAAGAUGCCUGUGACCAUUUACUCCAUCUCACAGGUAGAGGAAGCAUUGAAUGCAAUAGGUAGCGGCGAGACAAUGGGUAAGGUUGUGGUGGACUUCAGACCAAAUACGCAACUUAAGAUAAUAGCCAGUGAACAAUCCAACCCCGUCUUUGAUAUUGACGCAUCCUAUGUUGUUGCUGGCGGCGGUGGCAUUGGACAAAGUAUCAUCCGCUGGAUGGCCCGUAGAGGAGCCAAGAAUUUCAUUCUCAUCUCUCGAAAUGGCCUCAAAUCUGGCAAAGUCCAGGAGCUGGUCUCUGAACUUUUACCAAGGGGAAUCAGGAUAGACGUGUUCCGGGGAGACGUCGCGAAUGACAGCGAUCUCGAGCGUAUUCUAACCGAGAGCUCCAAAUCUCUUCCUCCGAUCAAGGGAGUCAUACAUACUGCAAUGGUUCUCAAGAAAAUCUUUUUUGAAAAAAUGUGUCAUCGUGACUACAUGGAGGUGAUCAGACCUAAAGUGGAGGGCGCUUGGAACUUACAUCGCCGUUUCCGAGACAACAGUCUUAAAUUCUUCAUCAUUAUCUCUUCAGGUACCGGUGUUGUUGGAAUCCCAGGCAGUGCAGCCUAUGGAGCUACCACGACGUACCUCGGAGCCCUUGCCAGACUGAGAGCUUCAGAAGGACUUCCAGGAGCCUCACUUGAUUUGGGACCAGUGCUUGGUGUUGGAUAUAUUGCUGAUCAGCAGGAACGGCAGAACAUAAUUGAGGAGAAUUGGGGCAACAAGGGAAUGAACGAAGCGCAACUUUUCGCUCUUCUGGAGGCUACUAUCAUUGGGAAAUACCACCAGAGCUGGGAUCAGGAAUGUUUCACCUGCUUAACUCUACCGCCUCCUCUUGAGCCCUUUUGGUUUGCUGAUAGCAAAUUUGCGCAUUGCAGGCCUCGCAAUAUCACUGGCGACCGCAAACAUCCCAGCAAAAAAGGGGCAGUCUCAGAUCUUCCAGCAGCGCAAUUGCUAGCCCAGAGCAAGUCCCUAGAUGAGGACGAAGCGAUUAUCAAAAGCAGUGUCAUCUCGAAAUUCAAGUCAGUGUUAUCACUGCAUGAAGAUGAUAUUACUCCAUCAAAGCAGGUCUCUGAUUAUGGUGUCGACUCGCUUGUCGCUGUGGAGAUCAGAAACUGGAUUGCUCAUGAGUUCGACGCUCGACUGAGCCUCCUUGAAUUCAUGGAGAGCAGCUCGCUCUCAGACCUGUCGAAGAGAAUUUCCCAGAAGUCUGGGAUCGUUGCCGACAAUCAGAAGCGAUAUGCCAGCAGCGCCUGA